CCCUAACUCAAAGAACACUUUUUCUCUGUUGAUAGUUUCAAGAGACAUUUGAAAUAAACAAGUAAUUAGAUAAAAACUAUUUACAAAAUAAAUAGAUAUAAAAAGUAAAUUAGCAUAGUAAAAUUUAAAUUAAGAAUAAAACUUAAUUACAUUAUUUUAACUCCCAAAAAAAAACCUUUUUUUUUUUUUUAAUUAUAUAUUCCAAUUCAAAAAAACAAGCAUUUGAAAAUCCAACUUCAGUUGGAUACAAUCCAACCCUGUUUUUCUCUCUCCGCCGCCGCCAUUACCGCCGCGGCGCCGACUGUUCUUAGAGACUUCAAGAUCUUACUUUUUUUCCACAAUGAUUCAUAAAUGUGAAAUAUGAAUGAAUAUUUCUUCUAAAGGCUCUGAGGAAUGAAACCUCUUCUUCAUCAUUAUUCAAGUUCGAAGCUUCAGCAUCGUUACUCAGUGAAAGACCUCCGAACAUGUAUAACCUUAUUACAAUCUUGUGCAAAUGAGAGAAAUCUGAUUAAAGGUAAGCAAGUUCACUCAUUUAUGGUCACCAAUGGCUUCCUUAUUAACUCUCCUCCUUCAAUUACAAGUGUUAUUAAUAUGUACUCAAAGUGUCAAAGAAUGAACGAAGCUGUUUCUGUUUUUAAUCAUCCGAGUGAUGAAGAUCGUAACGUGUUCGCAUUCAAUGCUGUGAUAGCUGGAUUCAUUGCUAAUGAGAGAUCCAAAGAUGGGUUUGAGUUUUACAGAAGAAUGCGUGAAGUGGGUGUUGUUGUUCCUGAUAAGUAUACUUUUCCUUGUGUAAUUAAAGCUUGUUUUGAUUCAAUUGAGGUUAGGAAGAUUCAUGGGUUGUUGUUUAAACUUGGGUUGGAUUUGGAUAUCUUUGUUGGUAGUGCUUUGGUUAAUACUUACUUGAAAUUUGGGUUAAUGGAGUAUGCACAACAAGUGUUUGUGAAAAUGCCUGAGAAAGAUGUUGUGUUGUGGAAUGCUAUGGUUAAUGGGUAUGCACAGAUUGGGUGUUUUGAUGAAGCUUUGGAGAUGUUUAGGAUUAUGAGUAGAGAAGGUUUUGUUGUGCCAAGUAGUUAUACAGUUACUGGGGUGUUGUCGAUUUUCGCAGUGACAGGAGAUAUCUACAAUGGAAGAGGUGUUCAUGGUUUUGUGGUGAAAAUGGGGUAUGAUUCUGGUGUUACUGUUUUAAAUGCUUUGAUUGAUGUUUAUGGGAAAUGUAAGUGUAAUAAUGAUGCAUUGAAUAUUUUUGAGAUGAUGAAUGAGAAGGAUAUUUUUUCAUGGAACUCAAUUAUAUCUGUUCUUGAACAAUGUGGUGAUCAUGAUGGUACAAUUAGGCUUUUUGAUAGGAUGUUAAGGGUUGGAGUUUUGCCUGAUUUGGUUACUAUAACUACAGUUCUUCCGGCUUGUUCUAAUCUAGCUGCGUUAAUGCACGGUAGAGAGAUUCAUGGAUACAUGAUUCGUAAAUCGUUGGGAAACAAUGGCGAUUGUCAACACAAGUUUAUCGACGAUGUGUUGAUGAACAAUGCUCUUAUGGACAUGUAUGCGAAAUGUGGGAGUAUGAGAAUUGCUCAUAAGAUUUUCGAUAAGAUGAGUAGUAAAGACACAGCUUCAUGGAAUAUUAUGAUAAUGGGAUACGGUAUGCAUGGAAAUGGCAAUGAGGCGCUAAACAUGUUUGCUCGAAUGGGUGAGGCGAAUUUCAAGCCUGAUGAGGUCACACUAGUUGGUGUACUAUCAGCUUGCAAUCAUGCUGGUUUGUUAAGACAAGGGCGCAAGUUUUUCUCCCAAAUGACAACGAAAUACAGCGUGGUUCCAACCAUCGAGCACUAUACUUGUGUGAUUGACAUGCUCGGUAGAGCUGGGAAACUUAAGGAGGCAUACGAAAUGGUACUAACAAUGCCAAUCGAGGCCAACCCUGUCGUGUGGAGAGCCUUAUUGGCAGCAUGUCGGCUUCAUGGUGAUGCAGACCUUGCCAAGGUUGCUGCAGAACGAGUAAUCGAGCUUGAACCAGGGCAUUGUGGUAGUUAUGUUCUGAUAUCCAAUAUUUAUGGAGUAGAUGGUCAAUAUGAAGAAGUAUCAGAAGUUAGAGAAACAAUGAGACAACAAAAUGUGAAGAAAACACCUGGUUGUAGUUGGAUUGAGCUCAAGGAAGGUGUAAAUACUUUUGUUACUGGUGAUAGGGGCCAUCCAGAUGCCCAUUUGAUUUAUUCUGAAUUGAAUUCAUUAACUGCUAACCUUUGUGAUCAUGGAUAUGUGCCCCAUAUCUAAUCUAACUAGAGCUGUUGGUUUUAAAAUGCAAAACAAAGAAAACUAUGUAUCAAAAGAGAAGGCUUUUUGA